CCGGUGAGUAGCUGGCGGUCAGGGGUGCUGCUGGUCUGUGCUGAGGAGGGUCCAAGCCGCCCGCUGCCGCUGAAGGAGCCCCUCGGGCUUUUCCAUCUAAUGCUAUUUGAAGAAUAUAUAAGUGGGGCUGGGUACAGUGGCAUCCACCUGCAAUCCCUGCUAAUUAGGCUGAAGCAAGAGGAAGUCUUGAGCCCUGAAGUUGAAAGCCAACCAGUGUACUAAGCAUUAACAAUGUCUUUCAUCUUUGAGUGGAUCUACAAUGGCUUCAGCAGUGUGCUCCAGUUCCUAGGGCUCUACAAGAAGUCUGGAAAACUUGUGUUCUUGGGUUUGGACAAUGCAGGCAAAACCACUCUUCUUCACAUGCUCAAAGAUGACAGACUGGGCCAACAUGUUCCAACACUACAUCCGACAUCAGAAGAGCUGACAAUCGCUGGAAUGACGUUUACCACUUUUGAUCUUGGUGGACAUGAACAAGCUCGUCGGGUUUGGAAAAAUUACCUCCCUGCAAUUAAUGGGAUUGUCUUCCUGGUGGACUGUGCAGAUCAUUCUCGCCUCAUGGAAUCCAAAGUUGAGCUUAAUGGGUUAAUGACUGAUGAAACAAUAUCCAAUGUGCCAAUCCUUAUCUUGGGAAACAAAAUCGACAGAACAGAUGCAAUCAGUGAAGAAAAACUUCGUGAGAUAUUUGGGCUUUAUGGACAGACCACAGGAAAGGGGAAUGUGACUCUGAAGGAGCUGAACGCCCGCCCCAUGGAAGUGUUCAUGUGCAGCGUGCUCAAGAGGCAAGGCUACGGCGAGGGUUUCCGCUGGCUCUCCCAGUACAUUGACUGAUGUUGGGACGGUGAAAAUAAAAGAGUUUUACUCCUCUGGACUGAUCCUAUUCACAGCUUCCUCAUGAACUUUUCUAAUAGAACAAGGAAAGCUCUCCAACCAUGUCUGGCGUUGAGAAGCCAAGAGUCUCUGUCAACUCUCAUCGCCCAGUGGUGACAUGUGCUCUUCUCCACACUGUUGGGAGGUAACACUGCCCCAAGUGCUGGUGCAGGUCAGUGUCCUGGGACUCGGAAGCUGGCAGGAUUUGCCAGGAAAAGCUGUGUGCCAUCAUGGGACACCUCAGAAGAAAAACACGUCUCACCACUGUGGUUGACUUCAAAAGAAAGUGAUUCUAUUUUUUAAAGAAAGCAUUGUUAAUGUAAUUGGUAUCCCUCCCAACUUUUGAGUUUCAAUUUACUUGGUCCAGAGUUUUCUAUUCUUUUUUUUUUUAACUAGUGAAUGGCAUUUAGAUAUUUCAUGAAAUUAUGAACAGAUGCACAUUGGAGGCCAGAGCUCAGAGGGGUGAACUUUCUCCUGCUGAGUUAGCGGGCGGUGAGAAAAGCUCUCCUGAGCUCCUCUUCUUCGUAACUGCCUUGUAGGAGGUGGCAUCAGCGUGGCAUGGAGAGCUAGGGAGAGCACAGAGCCCUGGCCUCGUGAUCGUGGCAGGUACCCACUAUGGUCAGCUGGAGUUGUUCCUCAUCACGGAGUGAGUAGCAGUUGGUUCACUGUGGAGGAGUUAAUUAUAAAGGGGUUACUGUUAUAUUAUUUUUGCUUAUAAAGUUACAGAUUUCAGUCGGUCUUUGCUUUUGUAUUGGUGAAAUUUCAUUUUUCUUGCUAGCACCUUCCUUUCUCAUUUUCAGUUAAUAAAAGGUGACUUGGAGUUGAGGACAUCUGUCAUGCAGUCAUAUGCCGCAGGUGUGCCUCAUUUGGCAUCGUAUGGAUGGGGGUGUGUUCUGAAUAGGAUGGCACAAGACAGAGCUAUUAGCUUAGAGGGUUCAUGAGGAUGUAAACAUCUGGUGGUUUGGCACUUAGAAACUAGGAAAGAUACUUUUAGUGGGCUUUCAAAUUCUACUUGCAGAAUUGAUUUCUCUCUCGGGCUCUUCAUCGGCUCUGUCUUUUUCUUACAUCUUUUUCUCCUUACUGGUUAUCUAUUUUGCUGGUGUUUAAAGUAAAGGUCAACAUGUGUAGCUUUUCCAGAUUUUUUCUACCUGGUAUGAAAUGGAUUUGCCUGUUGCAGAAAUAAGCGAGGGAAAACACUAGUGCAAGGGCCUGCUGCACAGCUCUUCCCUUGGAGGCCGCAUCCCUGACAUCAGAGAUUACCCAGUUCAAAAGCAGCGGCCCGGUGAGGGCCACAAGCUUUAUUUUUCUAGCAUUCCAUUUUCUUAGUGCCACUUGUGAAAUUGGAUAUUUAUAGUCUUAACCGAUACUGUACCCUGGUAGGAAAGAUAAAAGGCUAGGAGAUGGUUUAAGAUGGGAAAUAUCUAUUGGGUUUCCCUUUAAUAAAAAGUUAGAGAUAGUUUCCUCGAAAUUGAAAAUUGAGAUGAUGCUUUUUGGCAGAGAAGUGAACUCAGUUCAGGAUUCCUGCUUCCAAUGGGAGGGUAGGGACUGUGGAUAGCAUAGCCCAGGUUGGAUCUAUCAUUCUUGGUCUUUAGUACUGACUGUUGGGAAAGCCCUCUUUUUGGCUUCAAGUCCAUAACAAAGAGGCUGGUUGAAGUUCGAGCCUGGGAAGGGCGUGCGUUGCAUUGGUAGCACGCACAGGCAGAUUAGGACGAGACUGCUGUCUUGGAAAGGAAUAAAGCCUUAAGUGAACAAAUCUAGCUAACAGUGGAUGAACUAGGAGUUAACUUGCAUAUUUUUUCUUUCUUUUGGCUAAAGGUUGCCCAUAGUCUCUGUCUAGGGACAUGAGAGAUUGCUUCAGUGUUACUUUUCUUACUUUAUUUUUUUUCUACCUGCCCCUAAUCACUUUGUAACAAGCUAGAAAACUGUGGGCUCUAAGUAGGGCAGCUUUUUAUGAAAGUGGUUUAUAUUGGCCACCGGAGAAAGGGGAUAGAAAAGUCAGGUUGCACCAGCCUGUCUUUUCCCCACAGAACACUGCUGGUACCUAAGGAAGCUGGAAGAGGCUGCGAGGAGGAGCUUAGCUCCAGGCAGAGGAGCACAGCCUUGGACAGGAGCUCCCAUGAAUUGAGACUUCUCAUUCUGUUUUAUCAGAGUGCGCAUACAUCCUACUUCAGGAAAAGUAAAACAGUCAUUUACAAAAGAAAGUCAGUCUGUAUUCUAAGCAUUUUAAUAAAAACUUAAAAACCAA